CCAAUUAGCAGGUACUAACGCGGAGUGCAAUGGAGGCUGCUGCCGCCAAGCUCAUCAGCAGGGAUAGGAUCACGGACGCCGCCGCGACCUUGUUCAGCACCAACUCCGUCAAGCAGAUCCCUGAGAGGUUCAUCCGGACCGACGAGCUCCAGGCAGCCGGCGCGGUCGUCAGCGAUGGUGAGGCGUUCGAGCUGCCUGUGGUGGACAUGGCAAAGCUCCUGGAUCCGGAGUCGUCGGCGUCGGAGACGGCAAAGCUUGGCUCCGCGUGCAGAGACUGGGGUUUCUUUCAGCUGACGAACCAUGGAGUUGACGAGGCGGUGAUACAGCGCAUGAAAGAAAGCGCUGCAGAGUUCUUCAGCUUGCCACUGGAAAGCAAGAACGCCAUAGCGUUUCAAGGGGGCGGCGACAAGUUCCAGGGGUUCGGCCACCAUUUCAGCGGUGGGUCAUCGGCUGGUAAGCUUGACUGGGCAGAGUGCGUGCUCCUCGUCACGCAGCCAGUCCAAGGCAGGAAAACGGAGCUGUGGCCUGCUAACCCGCCAUCAUUUAGAGGCACGCUUGACAAGUACUCCAUGGAGAUGACGGGUCUUGCAAGGCGGCUGCUCAGAUUCAUGGCGAUUGACCUUGGCGUCAGCCAAGAGGCCCUCCUUGACGCCUUCUUCAGUGGGGACGCCGAGAAGGGGCAGAGCAUGGCGAUGCACCACUACCCUCCGUGCCGCCACCCGGAGAAGGUGCUGGGCAUCCCACCGCACACCGACGGGCUGGGCCUGACGGUGCUGCUGCACGCCGACGACACGCCGGGCCUGCAGAUCAAGAGGGGCGGCAGGUGGUUCCCCGUGCGGCCGCUCCCGGGCGCCUUCGUCGUCAACGUCGGCGACAUCCUCAAUGUUCUCACCAACGGCGCGUACGCCAGCGUCGAGCACAGGGUGGUCCCGGACGCUGAGAGGGGCCGGACCACCGUCGUGGUGUUCCAGGAUGCUUCCGUUGAUGGGAUGGUGAAGCCGUUCCCGGAGCUCCUCGGGGGAGAUGAGGCGCAGGCACGCUAUAAUUCCAUCGGGAAGCUUGAGUACACCGAGGGCAACUUCAGAGCACUGGGCGAAGGCACACGGUUCCUAGAGAGCCUGAAGAAGUAGAAUGCUCGUUUCAAAAGAAGUAGAAUGCACGCACCAGCUACAUGUGCAUCCAAGAUCUCAACACCGAAGCAACUUCUCAAGAAAGAGCUGUGUACGUGCUCCUUUGUUGCUUGUGUCUCAAAUCAAGUUCUCAAAGUGAUCUCCAUUCCAGAAUACAAAAAUAAAAGCAUCCUUGUUUUGUAAAUUGUAAUGUGCAAUGUACCUUUGAUAUUCUUUAAGGCCUUAAGAUAAUUAUCAGUA